UUUCUAACUUUUUUAAGAUUAAUUUAGUUAAAAUGUGAUCGAAAUUCAUUUAGAAGUAAGGUUUAGGGAUCACGAGGUUGAAUUGGAGCUUCUCCAAAAUGCGUUUCAGACAAAAUCCUUGGAGCCGAGCAAAAAUUUCAAAUUUCAGUUAACCUCUUUCAAUUCCAAAACCCAGUAGAAGAACGAAAUAUAUUGAAAAUUGUAAAAAAAAAAAAACACAGCAAAACAAUGAAAAUUCCAAAACCCAUAUCUUCUUUUAGGCUCUCCUCUCUUAUUCGCAUCCAAAAGGACCCAACCCUCGCCUUCAACCUUUUCAAAAACCCAAACCCAGACCUCAAACCUACCGGUAAACCCUUCCGCUACUCCCUGCUUUCCUAUGACCUCAUAAUCACCAAGCUCGGUCGCGUCAAAAUGUUUGAUGAAAUGGAACAGGCUCUUCACCAACUCAAAAACGAUACCCGUUUAGUCCCAGAAGAGAUUAUUUUUUGCAAUGUCAUGAAGUUCUAUGGUCGGGCGAAGUUACACGAUCGUGCACUGAAAGUGUUCGAUGAAAUGCCUCAGUAUCGUUGCCAAAGGACCGUAAGGGCUGUGAACUCGUUGUUAAAUGCGUUUUUGAUGAGCAAAAAGUUUGAUGAAAUGCAGGAAGUGUUUUUGGGUAUGGAAAAAUAUGCUCGCCCGGAUGCAUGUACUUAUAAUAUAUUGAUUCGUGCAUGCUGUUUGAAUGGGUGUUUGGAUGGUGCUUGGAGCCUGUUUGAUGAAAUGCAGAGGAAAGGUGUGAAGCCGAAUGCGUGGACGUUUGGGGCUUUGAUUAACGGGCUCUGUCUGGAGUUUAAGAUAAAGGAAGCGUUUAAGUUGAAAGAAGACAUGUUUAGGAUUCAUAGGGUGCCUCCAAAUGCAAGUGUUUAUGAGGUGAUGAUUAGAAGGCUUUGUGGGGUUGGUGAGUUGACUUUGGCGUUUAGGCUUAAGGAGGAAAUGAUUAGGAAAAAGAUGAAGUGCAAUUCGGAUAUAUACAAUUCUUUCAUUAGUGGGCUUUUUAAGGUUGGGAGGAAGGAGGAGGCUUUCGGGGUCUUUGAGGAAAUGGAUUUAAAUGGUAUUAAACCAGAUACGACUACUUACAAUGUGAUGAUCAAUGAGUUUUGUGAGCUGAAGGAUUUUGAUGCAGCUUAUAGAUUUCUUGAAGAUAUGGCAGAGAAAGGUUGUAAACCAAAUCUUAUUAGUUAUAAUAUAUUAAUUAGCUGGUUGUGCAAGGAUGGGAAGUGGAGUGAAGCAAAUGAUUUGCUUGAAGACAUGCCAAGACGGGGGUGCAUACCUGAUGUUGUGUCCUAUAGGAUGCUUUUUGACGGGCUUUGUGGUGGAUCACAGUUGAAGGAAGCAGCAUUCAUUUUGGAUGAGAUGAUUUUCAAGGGCUACGUACCGCAUUCUGCAAGUAUAUAUAAAUUUGUUGCAGGGUUGUGUCAGGAAGGGAACAUGGAGUUAUUAUUGAGGGUUUUGAAUAGUCUAGCAAAAGGAAAUGCAAUUGAUCAAGAUACAUGGCUAAUGGUGGUUUCUAGGGUUUACCAGGAAGAUAAACUGUCAAGCGCAUCUGAGCUUCUUGAUGCUCUGGUGCUGUAGUGCUACUAUCAAAGUUUCAUGACCUGUCAUGGCCUUGUUUCCUAGUUUUAACUUCUUUGAAUGUAAGUAAUUUAGAAGUCUAAUGCUCUUUUGUUUCACAGAAAAUUAUUUAUCACAUUUUUAGGUAUUUGUUUGAUAGAAUUGGUUGGUCAACG